CAAGCCUUACAGCUCUCCAAAUCCCAUACCAGAACACCGUUUCCAAAUGUUCCGAUAGUUACAACAUGCAUAUAACAAUACUUUAUUAAGUUAUUACCCACGAUACACAAUCAAGAUCACCUUCCGCAUAAUACUCUGCAACUCACUCACCGCCUCUUUUGAAACCCCAAUGGCUUGAACCUGUUCGCCAUGAGUCGCUUCUACGUUGGCGGCUCUACCUCCGCCUCUUCUGACGAGGACGACGAUAAUCUUCCCUUCCCUACACCCUUACAGCGCAGCGACUUCCUCGCCGCGGACUUCUCCCCAUCGACUUACCUGAGCACGCUGCGCAAUCGCCAUCAAACCCUCGAAGACCUGCGCUCCGAACUCCGGUCCCGCAGCCAAGAGCUAAAUAAAGAGCUCCUCGACCUCGUCAACUCUAAUUACCAGGACUUUCUGAGCCUCGGAAGCAGUCUCAAGGGCGGCGACGAAAAGGUUGAGGAAGUCAGGGUUGGUCUUUUAGGAUUUAGGAAAGACGUUGAGGCCGCGAAAGGCAAGGUGGAAGAGAGGGAAGAGGUUGUCAAGGAUCUGGUGGACGAACGCGUGCGGAUAAGGAAUGACAUCGCCAUCGGCAGAGCGUUAGUGGACUAUGAAGAAAGGCUGAGAUUGCUCGAGGGUCGACUUAGAAUCGAGACAAGGACAGAUUCUGCCAAAUCGGGGGAAUAUGAUGAUUCAUCAGAGAGCGAAGAGGAUUCUGACGACGAUGAGGGGUUAUUUUCCUCCUCCGUCUCGAAAUUGCGGAAUCACGUUCAACAGUAUUGUUUAAUACAACAAAUCGCGAAAAGUGUUGGAGAGACUAUGCCUUUCAUCACGGCGCAAGCACCACGCGUGGUAAAAGUCCGAAACACAAUACUUCUAGACCUCAACAAUGCAUUGAGGCAAGCCAAAGCCGCGGGCGCCAAGGGCUCAAGUAGAGUCAUGAAGAUCGCAAGAAUCUAUGCGGACAUGGAUGAAUCUGCGGAGGCAAUCAAGGUGUUAAAGUCCGCCAAAACGUCAUAAUAUGGCCUAUAUCUACAGCAAUGUGGUCAAGCAUAGCGAUGGCGUUAGAUUAUGAUACAAUGUCUUAUACAUAUAGAUCAGAUAUGCUACAAAGGACCGGAAAGCUCCUUGACUGGUAUCGAAUUAGCGUUCUUGAACUCGCCGUUCAAAGUGAACCCGGGAGAGUUAGUGGAGCUCAGCACC